UGCGGCGCCACACUCCCUCGCUGACCUGCUCUGUGCGGCAUUUCAGGAGAAGAUGAAAAGCAAAACGGCAGGAUAAAAGUUCUUUUUCAUGGAAAGAAACGCUCCAAAUACAGGAUCAUGGGGUAUGGGCAAAUCCUCCACCGGCGAGGGGAUGAGGAGGACCAGGUCCACCUCAAUGUGGGAGGGGUACGGCAUGAACUGGAUCCUGAUAUGGUGCUCCGCUUUCCUCACACGCGUUUGGCUCGUCUGCUGUGCUGCCAGAGCGAGGCGGCAAUCCUGGAGCUGUGUGACGACUACAGCCCGGCUGAGAAGGAGUACUACUUUGACAGGAAUCCUCGGGUUUUCCUGUGCGUGCUUAACUUUUACCACACGGGACAAAUCCACAUGAUGGAGGAGUUGUGCGUUUUUUCUUUCUGUCAAGAGAUUGAGUACUGGGGUAUCAAGGAGCUCCACCUCAGCCCCUGCUGCAGCAACUGGUACCACGAGAGGAAGGAGUACAUCGAGGACAGAGACUGGGACAUCAGGAGCGAAGACCAGCAGGAGCCGAGCUUCGACUCCUCGUUUGAGGAGCUCUCUGCUCUCGAUAAAGACCUCGCCAAGUUCAAAGGGGCCUGGUGUGCAGAAAUUCGCAGCUACAUGUGGCUCAGACUGGAGGAUCCGGGUCACUCGAGAGCCUCGAAGAUCAUUGCUGUGGCUUCCCUCAGCGUGGUGUUGACCUCCAUCGUUGCCAUGUGUGUUCACAGCAUGCCAGAGUUUCAGCGUGUGGAUGACAGUGACAGGCCCAUCGAGGACCCCGUGCUCACUAGACUGGAGGCGGUUUGCAUCGUCUGCUUCUCCGCAGAGUUCAUAAUCAGGUUAAUUGUCGCGCCCUCCCGACGGAAGUUUCUCGGAAACCCCUUGAACAUAAUCGACGCCGCUUCGAUUUUGCCGUUUUAUGCCACUUUAGCUCUGGAGACCGCCGACGAGGAUAGCGCAGAGGAGAACGAGGACAUAGAAAACGUGGGGAAAGUGGUGCAGGUUCUGCGCCUCAUGCGGGUUCUCAGAAUCCUCAAACUGGCUCGCCACUCCAUCGGACUGCGAGCGCUGGGGGCCACCGUCCGCCACAGCUACCAGGAGGUGGGCCUGCUCCUUCUCUUCCUCUCAGUGGGAAUCUCCAUCUUUUCUGCCCUCAUCUACUUCGCAGAGAAGGAAGAGGACACCGAUUUGGGGACAAUACCUUCAGGUUGGUGGUGGGCCACAAUCACCAUGACCACAGUCGGCUACGGGGACACCUGCCCCGUGACGGUGGCGGGGAAGAUUGUGGCCACCGUGUGUAUCAUCUGUGGCCUGCUAGUGGUGGCUCUUCCCAUCACCAUCAUCUUUAACAAGUUUUCAAAGUACUAUCAAAGAAACAAAGCCAUGGAGGGACAGUGCAUCACCAAGCCCGAAAGACAAGACCCAGAACUCCCUCAUUACAACAUCAGGGAACUGUUAACGGGAAGCGUGUACCCCUUUAUAGGAAGCAUCGCCUUUAGGAACAGUGGGAGCAGCGGAGGGGACGAUACGGACGCCUCCAGUCUCCAGGACAUCGAGGUGUACGAUAAUGACGCUUGUGAAAAUGGAGCAGCCAAAUGA